AAAUAAUAUGCAUUACUUUGUAAAAUUAUUUAGAAUUUUUCAAGUCUUCCCUCAAUGCCUUAUUUUCCUAAAUCCACCUGAAGUUACUAGUAAAAUACUUGAAGUUCCUCUAAUAGCCAUAAAUUAAGGCGAAAUAAGUCUUUAGAACCCACAAUUCACUUCAAAUCGGCUUAGUUUCCAUAAACAACAGCCUUUUAAUUUUAACCUCCACAAUUACCAUAUAAACUACCCUUUUGACCUUUUGAUGAUAUUCGAAUGUAAGAACUAUUGCUAUUAGGGCAUUCAUACAAAAAAUGGAAAAAUUAUUAUAAAAAGAUACUUCUGGAACCUAAUUAAAAAAUAAAUUUUAUAAAAAAAAAUUUAUUUAUAUUGAA